AUGGCGUCUGGAUCGGGCACGGCUGUUACACAAGAAAUAAAAAGAGCAAAAACAGAAAAGCCACAAACUCGCACUCCAAAUCCCUUCACCGCCGCCCUCUUGCCCUCACAAGCCGCCGCCGAUCCAUCCCUUCGCGGCCGCCCUCUCACAUCAAGCCGCCGCCGAUCCAUCCCUUCGCGGCCGCCCUCUCACAUCAAGCCGCCGCCGAUCCCUGCGCUACCUCGACGGGAGCAAUUGAUCGUCUCGCUACCUGGACGAUCCACUUCACGAGCCGCCGCCGAUCCCGUUGAGGAGCCGCCGCCGAACACGUCCAGGAUCCAACACCAAUCCACUUCACAGGCCUCUUAUCCGACCUACAGAGCCAUUGGUUGUCCUCUGGUUGAUUGUAAAUUUUCAAGGAGAUUCAAAUGUUUCUCUUCUGGCCGAUUGAAGUUCAAUAAGGAUGCUGAUAAGGUGAUUGAGGUAAUGAAGCUUAGGGUUGUCUACACAUUGCCCAGUGGAAGGUCAGACAACUCUGGUGUUACAGCUUCAGCAAAUAGGAGCUUUAGGCAGGGCACUGAUGAUUUGACGGUGAUAUUGGUUAGCUCUAUGUCCUAUUUAGGAAACAUAUUGAUUUGUUAAUUUUUUUAAGUAUAAAGGCUAACUGUAAUCUUCACAAGAGCCAAACCUGCAGAAGGUUAGAGUGCGUGCAGCAGUUUCAGAACCUAGGGAAAACUAGCCUGACUGGUCUCUUUAAUAUUUAGUGAGUCUGUCCAUGCACUUUUAGUUGCUCAACUUCUGCUUUCGUCACUGUUAAUUUUGUUUAUUUAGUUCUACUCACCUAAACAUAUCAAAAGA